AUGGAGGCUGCAGGCACGCGCAACCGCUCCUCCGCGCGUCACGGCGCGGCGGUCGCGUUCAGCGGAAGCGUGCGGCGAUGGCGCAAGCAGUGGGCCGCCGUGGGGCCCACGCGCCGCCUGCUCGUCCUGAGAUGGACGCCGCAACCCCCGCGCCCAACAGGUACUUGCAAAGGUAUUAGGCAGCGGAAGGGUGCGCCGAUGGCGGAAGCAGUGGUGCGCCGUGGGGCCCACCUGCCGCCUGCUUGUCCUCCGGUGGUCGCCGCAGCCCCUGCGCCCAACAGCCCCUGCGCCCAACAGGUAUGCGCGCUUGGCUUGCUGGUGCUCCUCACAUGGGCUUCUAGAAGCAGUGGACUGCCGUGGGGAAGCAACCACGCGCCGCCUGCUCGUCCUGAGAUGGACGCCUCAGCCCCCCCCCCUCGCCCAACAGGUAUGCCAGCGCUCCAAGCAACACCAACAGCAGUGCACCGCGGUGGGGCAGAACAGAACCCACCCGCCGCCUGCUCGUCCUGCGAGGAGGUUCGGUUGCUUGCCUUGCAGUCGCCUGGGGGAGGGCCAAGAGGGGAAGCAAGUGGAGCAGCAACGAGUUUGGGGCUUGGAGGUGCAGUGAAGGUCGCAACACAGGGACUCGGGCACGGGGUUGGGGGUACUGGUGGGGGCGUAGGCAUGCGUGGGGGAGGGGAUGGGGAUGGGGAGGAGAAUGAGGAGGAGGAGGGUGGAGAGGGGGCGAGUAUGGCGAUAGAUGUUGAGAAAGGGGAGGGAGAGGGAGUGGGGAAGGGGGGAGAGGGAGGAGAGGAGGAAGAGGAGGUGGAGGAGGAGGAAGAGGAGGAGGAGCAGGAGGAGGAGGAAGGAGGACAGGAAGGGGAGGAGGAGGUGGGGGGCGAGGAGGAGGAGGAAGAGGGAGGGGAGGGUGAGGAACAGGAAGGGGAAGAAGAGGAGGGGGGAGAGGAGGAGGAAGAGGAGGAGGAGGAAGAGGUAGUGGGUGUGGAGGGUUCAACUCCCAUGAUUGAGGAUACAGAAGCUGAAGAGGAGGCAGAGGAGGUUGAGGAGGAGGGAGAUGAGGGGGAGGAGGGAGAUGAUGGGGAUGAGGGAGACGAUGGGGAGGAGGGAGAGGAGGAAGAUGGGGGAGAGGAGGGGAAUGAGGGUGAGGGAGCGGAAGGGGGGUUGGAAGGAGAGGGAAGAGGGGAUGGAGAGGGAAGAGGGGAUGGAGAGGGAAGAGGGGAUGGAGAGGGAAGAGGGGAUGGAGAAGAGGAAGAGGAGGAGGAAGAGGAGGUAGAGGAGGAAGAGGAGGGGAAUGCACAGAAGGGCGGGGAGGAAGACGAGGAGGGAGGGGAUGAAGGAGAUGAGGAGGAGGAGGAAGAAGAGGGAGGAGGGAUGGAGGAGGAAGAGGAGGAGAUAGAGGAGCAAGAGGAGGAGAUAGAGGAGCAAAUAGGUGAUGAUGGGAUUGGGCAGGCUCAAGAGGUUGGAAAUGAUGAGUAUGAGGGGGAGGAGGGUGGGGACCAAGAGGAGGAAGGGGACGGAGAGGAGGAGGAGGAAGAGGAGGUGGGAGAGGGAGAGGAGGAAGAGGGAGAAGGGGGGGAGGAAGAGGGAGCAGGGGGUGAGGAGGAAGACGGGGAGGGAGAAGGGGAGGGAGAGGAGGGAGAUGAGGAGGGAGAUGAGGAGGGAGAUGAGGAGGGAGAUGAGGAGGGAGAUGAGGAGGGAGAUGAGGAGGGAGAUGAGGAGGGAGAUGAGGAGGGGGAGUGA